AUGUUGGCGCGUUUUCUUAUACUCGGCUGCCUAUUGGCCACAAUUUCUGCUACUGUAAAACUGCGUGAACUGUACUCCUGGAAUGUUUUGGACUGGAAUUACCCUGAUCCGUACUCGAAGCAGAGGGACCUUGAAAGUGGGGCCCUGAAUCCUAAAAAUGCCCUUCCAGUUGGUAUCGAGAGAUGGAGGAACAAGCUUUUCGUCAGUGUACCUAGAUGGUUUCCAGGAAUACCAGCCACGUUGAAUUACAUAUCUCUGGACGCACCAUACGAACCGUCACCAAAGUUGACACCAUACCCAAGUUUUAAGGAAAAUGAGCUUGGAAACUGUGAAACUGGUCUGACCACUGUGUACAGAAUCAAGGCGGAUAAAUGCGAUCGUUUAUGGGUUUUAGAUGUCGGCACCUACGGCUAUGAUCCGAAUGUUACCAAUGUCUGCCCGUAUGCGCUUAGCGUUUACGACUUACACACAAACCAAAGACUAAGAAGAUACGUCUUCCGGCCUGAAGAUAUCGUACCAACGACCUUCAUCGCCAACAUAGCAUUAGACGAAGGUGACACCUGUGACGACUACUUCGCCUACUUUUCAGACGAACUGGGCUACGGUCUGAUCACUUACUCUUGGGAACAAAACAAGUCGUGGCGAUUCAGUCACGGAUUUUUCCUGCCCGACCCCUUGGUUGGUGACUUCAAUAUCGCCGGCAUGAACUUCCAAUGGAUCUCCGAAGGCAUUUUCGGAAUUUCCGCCUCACCAAAAGGACCCGAUGGAUUCAGAACUCUCUACUUCAGCCCAAUAACGAGCAACACAGAAUUUGCUGUAUCAACGCGUAUUCUUAGGGAUGAAACAAAAGUGAAAGGCUCUUACAAAGAUUUCAAAGUUAUUGGAUCAAGAGGUCCCGAUACUCAUACAACCGCUAAAGUAGUGGAUGAUACAGGUGUUCAGCUAUACAAUUUAAUUGAUCAAAAUGCCAUUGGGUGCUGGAACACGCAACUGCCAAUGAAACCACAAAACACAGCUGUAGUUGAUAGAGAUGAUGUUUCGAUGAUCUUCCCGUGUGAUGUUAAAGUCGACGAAGGAAGAAACGUUUGGGUAAUAUCAGACCGAAUGUCCAUAUUCUUAGAAUCUGAAUUGGACUACAGCGAUAUAAACUUCAGAAUUUUCACAGCCAACUUCGAUGAUCUGGUUCGUGGAACUGUCUGUGACCCAAGUAUUACAACCUAUCAACAACCAAACUAUCUCAACACUAUUCCUCUCUAUAAAAACUUCCCUUCAAGUACACCACGAGUUAGAACAGGUUUUACAUCUUCGCUAGGCUCAGUAGGUCCACAGAAGUUUAUAAAUGAUGCCAAUCCAACUUUUAAUAACUAUAAUCCCCAACAAAACCAGCCCUAUUUAUUCCCUACUGCAAAAUCCCUGUCAACAACAAGAAACCCCUGGUGGAUCACAAAUAAUUAUUCAUAUUGA